GGAAUGGGACUGAAAAAAGCAAAAACAGCAUCCUGAAGAGGAGCACCAUGUCUCCUCCGUCCGCGUAGGGAACCAGCAGAGGCGCGAGGAGGACGAUGCUCUGCGGCGUCCCGGCGGGAACCGAGGCUUCUGGAAGGGUACCGGCGCGUUGCUAAAUGGAGUCGGAGCAGCUGUACCACAGGGGCUACUGCAGGAACAGCUACAACAGCAUCGCUAGCGCCAGCAGCGACGAGGAGCUGCUGGAUGGAGCCGGCGUCAUCAUGGACUUCCACACCACCGAGGACGACAACCUGCUGGACGGGGACGCCGCCUCCCCAGGGUCUAACUACGCCAUGUCGAACGGGGGCGGCGCCCCCAGCAGCUCCACCCACCUGCUGGACUUCCUAGAGGAGCCCAUCCCCGGCGUGGGGACGUACGACGACUUCCACACCAUCGACUGGGUGCGGGAGAAGUGCAAGGACCGCGAGCGCCACCGGAAGAUCAACAGUAAGAAGAAGGAGUCGGCAUGGGAGUUCACCAAGAGCCUGUACGACGCCUGGUCCGGCUGGCUGGUGGUGACGCUCACUGGCUUAGCAUCAGGUGCUUUGGCUGGCCUGAUUGACAUUGCAGCUGAUUGGAUGAACGACCUGAAGGAGGGCGUGUGUCUGAGCGCCAUGUGGUUCAACCACGAGCAGUGCUGCUGGACGUCCAAUGAGACCACCUUCGCUGAGCGGGACAAGUGUCCUCAGUGGAAGAGCUGGGCAGAGCUAAUACUGGGGCAGGCCGAGGGCCCCGGCUCCUACAUCAUGAACUACUUCAUGUACAUCUACUGGGCCCUGUCCUUCGCCUUCCUGGCCGUCUGCCUGGUGAAGGUGUUCGCUCCCUACGCCUGCGGCUCGGGGAUCCCCGAGAUCAAGACCAUCCUGAGUGGCUUCAUCAUCCGGGGCUACCUGGGAAAGUGGACGCUGAUGAUCAAGACCAUCACGCUGGUGCUGGCCGUGGCGUCGGGCCUCAGCCUGGGGAAGGAGGGCCCGCUCGUGCACGUGGCCUGCUGCUGCGGAAACAUCUUCUCCUACUUGUUCCCCAAGUACAGCAAGAACGAGGCCAAGAAGCGAGAGGUCCUCUCUGCUGCUUCGGCCGCGGGGGUGUCGGUCGCCUUUGGAGCGCCGAUCGGGGGAGUUCUCUUCAGUCUGGAGGAGGUGAGCUACUACUUCCCUCUCAAGACGCUGUGGCGCUCCUUCUUCGCCGCCCUGGUGGCGGCCUUCGUGCUGCGCUCCAUCAACCCGUUCGGGAACAGCCGCCUGGUGCUGUUCUACGUGGAGUACCACACGCCGUGGUACCUGUUCGAGCUCAUCCCCUUCAUCCUGCUGGGCGUGUUCGGGGGCCUGUGGGGGGCCUUCUUCAUCCGGGCCAACAUCGCCUGGUGCCGGCGGAGAAAGUCCACGCGCUUCGGGAAGUACCCGGUGCUGGAGGUGAUCCUGGUGGCGGCCAUCACCGCCGUGGUGGCGUUCCCCAACCCGUACACGCGGCAGAACACCAGCGAGCUGAUCAAGGAGCUGUUCACCGACUGCGGCCCGCUGGAGUCCUCGCAGCUGUGCCAGUACCGCAGCCAGAUGAACGGCAGCAAGGCCUUCACCGACAACCCCAACCGGCCGGCCGGGCCCGGCGUCUACUCCGCCAUGUGGCAGCUGUGCCUGGCGCUCAUCUUCAAAAUCAUCAUGACCAUAUUCACCUUCGGACUCAAGGUGCCGUCGGGCCUGUUCAUCCCCAGCAUGGCCAUCGGGGCGAUCGCCGGGCGGAUCGUGGGCAUCGCCGUGGAGCAGCUGGCGUACUACCACCACGACUGGUUCCUGUUUAAAGAGUGGUGCGAGGUGGGGGCGGACUGCAUCACGCCGGGGCUGUACGCCAUGGUGGGCGCCGCCGCCUGUCUAGGCGGCGUGACCCGCAUGACCGUCUCCCUGGUGGUCAUCGUGUUCGAGCUGACCGGCGGCCUGGAGUACAUCGUGCCGCUCAUGGCCGCCGUCAUGACCAGCAAGUGGGUGGGCGACGCCUUCGGGCGGGAGGGCAUCUACGAGGCGCACCGGCUGAACGGGUACCCCUUCCUGGACGCCAAGGAGUUCACGCACACCACGCUGGCCCGCGAGGUGAUGCGGCCGCGGCGCAGCGACCCGCCGCUGGCGGUGCUGACGCAGGACGACCUGACGGUGGAGGAGCUGCAGGCCGUCAUCAACGAGACCAGUUAUAAUGGUUUCCCGGCCAUCGUGUCCAAGGAGUCCCAGAGGCUGGUGGGCUUCGCGCUGCGCAGGGACAUCACCAUCGCCAUCGAGAACGCUCGCCGCAAGCAGGAGGGCAUCAUGCUGAACUCCAGAGUGUACUUCACCCAGCACGCCCCCACCCUGCCGGCCGACAGCCCCCGGCCCCUCAAGCUGCGCUCCAUCCUGGACAUGAGCCCCUUCACCGUCACCGACCACACCCCCAUGGAGAUCGUGGUGGACAUUUUCAGGAAGCUGGGCCUGCGCCAGUGCCUGGUCACUCACAACGGGAUUGUGUUGGGCAUCAUCACAAAGAAGAAAUUAGAGCAUCUGGAGGAGCUCAAGCAGCACACCGCCGCCCCCGGUGACUAG